AUGUUUGCGUUCGGUGUUAUACUUGGCGGAUUUCUGCAUGCAGUCGCCUUUCCUGGCGGCGGAUCACCACUGGCUCUGGGGAACUUUUCACAGAAUGACAGUACGGAGACGACAAUAGUCAACAAUCACACAAAAGCUAUUGGCAGUUCAUCUUCUUCCGAAUCCAGUAAAGAGGAAAUUGAAGUGGAGUUGACGACAGAUGCUGCGUACUCGGACGACACUACCGAGGACGACGCUGAUGAUGAUUGCCGAGAUUUCCCAUGGAAACAUUUCAGGUUACCCCGAGACGUUGUGCCGACCUCUUACAAUCUGACCAUCCAUCCGAACAUCACGACGAACAACAUGACAGGAAGUUUAGCGAUCGAUAUCCAGGCACUGAACACGACCAAACUGAUAGUACUACAUGCUGACAACCUUAUUCUGACCACAUUCAGCAUGAGUGUCAAUGCGAAACGAAUGGAAGCGGAAUUUUUUUUCUGUCCGGAUUCGUCCCAGUGGGCAUUUGUGAUGGACGACGAGGUGCAUGCUGGUGAUGUGAUCGACUUGGGCAUUGAAUUCCAGGGAGAGGUACUACCGGAUCUACAAGGGCUCUACAUAUCUACGCAUGCAGAUGCACGAGGAAAAAAGACGCGUUCAGCAGUGACGCAGUUCGAGCCGUCUUAUGCGCGAAAGAUGUUUCCUUGCUUCGACGAGCCCAAUUUCAAGGCUACCUUCGAGGUAUACAAUAGAAUUCUCCUUUUGUUAAAACUCCUUCAAAAUAUUUCUAUUUGA